AUGGUCCCCUGCUGCUUCUGCCGGUGCAUCAACGACGUGGACCCGCGGCCGUUCGACCCGGCCGACAUCUACCAGCAAAUUGAGAUCGUGCAGCGCCGGCGCGGGCGGUUCACGGCGAGGGCCGUGGCGCCCGACGGCUUCCCCUACUUCCUCUACCGCAAGAAGUACUGGCGCGUGUACGCGUCAAAGCCUAAGAGCUUCGACCUCCAAAUCGGCGAGGCCCGGGGCCUGGACGCCGCUCUCCGGUCUGGCCAGCUCUCGGACGCCGGUGUCCUCGACGCGUUCCCGGCGCCGACCAACGGCGCCGUCGGGAAAUGGUACUCCCCUUUCUUCCUCGUCAAAGAAGCCGGCGUCGCGCCACGUGAGCAGAUGGAACGCAGCGCGUUCUACGAGGUGACGCUCGAGCAGCGCUGGGAGCCGCUGCACGCGCACAGCGGUGGUGGUUCGGUGCUGGUGGAGAGGUUCGUGGUGAAGAGGCUGGAUGGCACCGUGGUUCUGGCCUUUGACUUUGUGCAUCUCAACAAAGUCAGAGCAAAGCAGCUGUGA